CGCACCCUCAUCUGCAUCUGCAUCUGCAUCUGUGUCCGCUGUUCUUGGCUGGCCUGCUCGGAUCUCGUCUGGCGUCCCCGCUGCUGUCGCUUCCUUCCAGCUCGAGUUAGCUCCAAGGCACCUCCUCUCGCCUAAACAGCCAUGGCAGACGACUCACACAGCACACAUAUCGAGCCCGGCCCGGCGCCUCGCAAGAGCGUGCUUCUUCGUUCCGAACUGCGGUCAUGGAUCAAGACGCUGGUGGCAUUCAUGGGCCCCGGAUACAUCGUUGCCGUGGGCUACAUGGAUCCUGGGAACUGGGCAACCGACCUGCAAGGCGGAUCCGUUUAUCAGUACAAGCUUCUAUUCAUCAUCUUCCUUUCAAACGUCUUUGCCGUGCUGUUCCAGAGCCUCUCGGCCAAGAUUGGAAUCGUCACGGGGCGCGACCUCAGCCAGCUCUGCCGCAAGCAUUUCCAUCCCUGGCUCAACUACAUCCUGUAUUUCGUCGCCGAGGUCGCCGUGAUGGCCACCGAUCUGGCCGAGAUCAUUGGCGCGGCCAUCUCGCUCAAGCUGUUGCUGGGCAUCCCUCUGAUCGGCGGCAUCAUUCUCACGACCUUGGAUGUCUUCCUGGUCCUGGUCACCUUCCAGGCAAAGUACAUGCGGAUCUUUGAGUUCAUCAUCAUCGUGCUGGUUCUGAUGGUUGGCAUCUGCUACGCCGUGCUCCUGAGCCAGAGUGCCGCUUCCGGUGUCGAUGUACUCAAGGGCUACCUGCCUCUCGACUCGACCAUCUUCACCGAUCCCACGACACUUUACGUUGGCAUGAGCAUUCUCGGGGCCACCGUCAUGCCUCACAACCUCUUCAUCCACUCGAGGCUCGUCCAGUAUCGCUCGCCGCGACAAGACGAAUCCGAGCCCGACGAGAGUCUGGACAGCCCAGGCGUGUCCGCCGACCGACGGAGCGCCGAUCGGAUAGAUCAGAUCACAACCAUCGAGGACGGGGCCAGAACCGCUGCUGCCUCUAUCCGCAGCAGCGUCCGCUCCAAGGAAAAGCUCUCCACGCUUGUUGAUGGCACCAUCCGCGCAUCUGACCCUCUAGAGACGGACCUCCGGGACGGCUCUGCACACAGCUCCGAGUUUGUCGAGAGAAUCAAGAGCACCCUGUCCUUUACUAUGGUCGACUCAGCCAUCGCCCUCACUUUUGCUCUCUACGUGAACUCUGCCAUCCUGAUCGUCUCGGCUGCACUGUUUUACUCCAAGAACCAGCAAGUGAGCGACAUUCCGUCGGCCUACAACCUGAUUAAGACGGCGAUUGCUCCAUGGGCCGCAACCCUCUUUGCCUUUGCGCUUUUCUGCGCCGGCCAGUCGUCCUCGAUCACGGGCACGCUUGCUGGACAGAUCGUCAUGGAGGGUUUUCUGAAGCUCAAAUGGCCAAUGUGGGCACGACGCCUGACUACCCGUGCCGCCGCCUUGAUCCCGGCCGUGGUCGUCGUCAUCAUCAAAGGGGAUGCUGGCAUCAACGACCUCUUGGUGCUGUCUCAAGCCAUCCUUUCGGGGUGCCUACCCUUUGCCCUGUGGCCGCUGCUGUGGUUUUCAUCGUCGAAGCAUAUCAUGUCGAUCCGCGUCAAGAGCAUGAAUGGCGCGGCUGAAUCGUCAAAGAGCUUUGCCAGUUCGUGGUUCAUCACCAUCUUCACCUUCCUGUCGAUCCUGCUGAUCACCGGCCUGGAUAUUCUGAUGAUCUAUCAGGCCAUUGCUGGCACUCCAUAGCCUCGAGCAUGUCCACUGAUAGCAACACGAUGUCCGUAUAUAGCUUGUCAAGCAGAAGGAGAACCAAGCUCUCCCGAUGUCUCCCAGAGUAGCCGUCGGUACCGCUGAAGAGGAUCUUUGCCAAUCGUGGCUGCUGUUGUCGCCAGCGUGCAUCCAGUGGCGUCCGCCCCGCGAUUUUGGCAUGUAAU